AUGGAUGGCAAAUAUUUGAAUGGGGAUUUAAUCUUAGACCCUGGUGUCUUUAUUACUGUUUUAGGAUCUCGAGAAAACAUUUGGUCCUUUCAGGUAUCUAAAGAGGUCAGAGGUGAGAUUGGUAAAGAGGUUAUUUUGCCGUGCACGUUUACCCACCCUCACAAUAUCCAUGACGGAGUAAUUGCGGCUAUUUGGAGAGUUGGACAACCGUAUCAUGGAACAGUCAUGUUUAAGUGUGUGAGUAAUAGCAGUAACGAUCCUUGUAAAACCACAAUAAAUUAUAUGAACAAGUUCAAGCUGUUGGGAAAUCCUCGAAACAACAACAUCUCUGUCGCUAUUAACAAUUUGACUUGGAGCGACAGCAACAAAUACUUUUGCCGUGUUGAAUUUUCAUCCAAUAGGCAUCACCAAUAUGAAGUCAAAUCGGGAACAAAACUCCAAUUAAUGGCUCUUCCGAGGAUAAUUAAUAUUACAGUUGGGUUUGACUACCACCGAGGCUAUCAUGCGAUUUGUAUAGCUGAAGGGGAACCUGUGCCUUCUAUAAUUUGGAUUGAUCCUUUGAAGGACAACAAGGACCUUAUACUAUCUCAACCCAUUUUGAAACAUCAGACGAUGACGGAAUUACAUUAUCUUGUGCAAGAUGGAAAAUACACAUGUGCUGCCAUGAAUAGUUACGGAAAAGCUGAGAGCUCAGUGUAUUUUUUUAAGUUUAAAUCAGGAGGCAGUGAAAACCUUAUUUAUUAUGCACUCUGGAUAGCCCUAGGAGUAAAACUGCUGAUUGUGUUUGGAAUUCUCAGCUUAUCAGCCGUUUAUAACAAAGGUAAAUAA